AUGACGACAUCUCUAGGCCUGGAGCAGCAGCAGAAGCAGCAGCGAUCCGGCAACGCUUCGGCCGUUGAUCGGAGUGUCAGCGAGACGCGUUACUCCGGCGAUGCGACAAUUACCGGCGACAUUUGCGGAAAGGGGGAAGGGCGCUUGCUGCUCGCAGUGGCAUGCGACACUCGCGAGGAUAGCGGCGCAUCGCCGGCAGAAGCGACACCUGGGGGUGAUGGCCACGGCACCAACAACGGUGCUGCUCCUGCUCCUGCUGUUGAUGAUAUCCAGGAGGAGGCGGAGGAGGAGGCGGAGGCGGAGGAGCAGGCGGAGGCAGAGGCGGAGGCGGAGGAGGAGGAGGAAGAAGGCGAGGGAGACGACGGAGAGCCGGGCCUGUGGUCGGCAUUGACGUUCGCAUGGGUGAGUGCUCUGCCUGCUCGGCUGGCUGGUUGGUUCCAUUCAAGUCGCUGGUUGGUUCCAUUCAAGUCACUCGAUUUCUUCCGCGUGACUUACUUCCCUUCCCUUGCCUCUCAUCUCCAAUUCCUCCCCCUCCCUUUUCUUCCCGCCUUUCCCCUUCCCGCCUUCCGCAAUGCACAAUGA